ACUUCUAGGUUUCAGUCACAUACCUGAAGAAGUCCCAACAAUGGAUCAUGCUAGGAAAGCAAUCUAUAACUUGUUUGGAGGAGAGCCCCUCUCGUACACCCGGUUCAGCCUGGCUCGGCAGCCGGAUGGAGACAGCAGUCAAGUGGAGAUGAAGCUUUCCGCGGAAGAAGAGGAAGGAGGCGAAAACGGAGUCGUCGACCACAUUCACACCCAGACAGUGAAGCCCCGGAAGACCAGUCGACACCUCUGCUGCGUGUUCUCUGCAGUAGCACUUGUAUUUCUUGCAGGGUUCCUGUUUGGCUACCUGAGCUUCCGUGCGCGGAUGUCGGCGCCGAAAGAAUGCGCGAAUGAACUCGAAUCGUGUAAGAGUGCGCAGUGUGCGUCCGUGGAAGAUCCUGUUCAGCCCAAGGUGCCGAAUCUGAGACCUGAGCACGAGCCUGUGAUGUACUGGGGUGAGCUUCGAAACAAAUUAGCGGAGAAAUUUGACGGCAUAAGCUUCCAACCUAGAAUCAGAAAGGUCUCUGCUUCUUCCCACGAGGCUGGCACAAGUGGUGACGAGGAUCUGGUCAACUACGUCUUCAGCGAGUUUGGCAGCCAGAAGCUGGACGAAGUCUGGAAGAACGAGCACUACGUUAGGGUGCAGGUCCCCGGAAGCUCUCCAAAUGUCAUUUCACUGGAAGUUCGUGGCGGCAGCAGAGAAGUUCUCGAAGUGGCCAAGGCUUACGUGGCAUACAGCGGAACUGGGGACGUUUCUGGCAAGCCGGUUUAUGCCAAUUUUGGCCGCAGCGAAGACUUCAACACCCUGAGGGAGAAAAAUAUUUCCGUAAAUGGGACUGUGAUCCUUGUCAGAGCUGGAAAGAUUACAUUUGCUGAGAAGGUGGCGAACGCCCAGAAGCUGGGUGCUGUCGGAGUCUUGAUAUUCCCUUCCCCAGUUGACUACGAAGGCCUUGGAGAAAACGUAGCACAGUUUGGCCAUGCUCACCUUGGGAUGGGUGACCCUUUCACCCCGGGGUUCCCUUCUUUCAACCACACCCAGUUUCCACCCGGUGAAUCCUCGGGACUGCCGCGCAUUCCUGUGCAGACCAUCACUAGUUCUGCUGCACUUAAGCUGUUCAGCCGCAUGUCCGGGAUGACCUGUCCGACGGAUUGGAACGGCAGCUCCGCUUGCAAAUUAGAUUCGGGGGACCCUGCUGGAGUGACCGUGAACCUCCAAGUCAACAACGUUCUCGUAGAGAGGAGAGUCCUGAAUGUCUUCGGAGCCAUCAAAGGCUUUGAGGAGCCAGAUCGAUAUGUCGUGGUUGGAGCCCAGCGUGAUUCCUGGGGCCCUGGAGCCGUCAAGUCCGGGGUGGGCACUGCCAUUUUACUGGAGCUCGCCCGGGCAGUCUCGCAGCUAGUGAAGAACGACGGCUACAAACCCCGGCGAGGCAUUGUGUUCGCCAGCUGGAGUGCCGGUGACUUUGGAGCGGUUGGUGCCACGGAAUGGCUGGAGGGCUACGCUGCCACUCUGCACCUGAAAGCUUUUGCGUACAUCAACUUGGAUUCAGCAGUGGCAGGUUUUGGUGACUUCAGGUUCUCUGCCAGCCCCAUGCUGAAACAGCUCCUCAAGGAAGCAGUCACUAACUUGAAGGAGCCGCGUCGUCUCAGUAACAUGUUGCCCACUAAAGAGGUCGCCUUUCGCAUGGACAAUGCUGCCUUUGCCUUCCUGGCGUAUUCGGGAAUCCCGUCUGUUUCGUUCAGCUUCACUAACGCGGGCGGCAGAGAGUAUCCCCAUCUCGGCACGACGGAGGAUACUCCGGAGAAGUUGAUUAGCUACCUCGGUUCAGGGGACCGUCUGGACACCACGGUCCGUGCUGCUGCCGAAAUCGCCGGCCGCAUGGCAGUCAGGAUGACGCACGACCACGAAUUGUACCUGGACUUCCAGAGCUACGACGACAAGCUGCUCAAUUUUGCACGCAAGCUGAUGUCGUACAGCCAGGAUUUGCAGAACAUGGGGCUGCACCCGCGAUGGCUCUUGGUGGCCCGUGGGGACUUCAGUCGUGCUACGAACGCCCUGAAGAAUACCGUCCUAAACACCGACCUGAACAACAAGGUUGCCUGCCGCGCUUUGAAUGACCAGAUCAUGAAAGUGGAAUACCACUUCCUCUCCCCGUACGUCUCACCGAAAGACACACCUCUGCGGCACAUCUUCUUUGGCUCCGGCUCCCACACUCUUCAGGCUCUGUUGGACCACCUGAGUCUCCUAAGAACCAACAAGAGCUCCUUCGACGAAGACCUGUUCAGGAACCAGCUGGCCCUGGCGACGUGGACGAUCCAGGGGGCCGCCAACGCCCUCUCGGGUGACAUCUGGGACAUUGACAAUGAGUUUUGAGAAUGCCGCGCGCUUAAUUCUGAAGUGCAGCGACAGGGAGCCCCCUACCCCGCCCCCACUUGCCCUGUAGCGCAGAACAAAUUCCUCUUAGCCCCCCCCCCCCGAGGACUUUUAGAAGUCCAGCCUAAAAUGCAGAGCAGUUCAGAAUUACUUGAAACGAGACUUCCCCCCCCCCUCCACUCCCUCUCAAUGCACUGUCCUUAACUUGGGGAGGCUCAACAAGGGGCCGUUACUGACGUUAUCACAGCCUCCUUCAGGUCACAGCGGAAGCAUUGGCAGAUCUCAAAAGCGGCCUCUCAAACCGCAUCGCACGAGUGUAGAACGAUCCUUGAAACGUUAACCAUUUGCAGCUUGCGAAAGCAGAAGGCAAACUCGAAGCGCCUGGGAAGAGGAAUCGACCUCUCGCUUGGGUUAAAGGGGGGGUCUUCCCGAUCUCUUCCCCAUCGGCUGUCGAGGCUCCUCUUGUCACAGGUUUGGUCCUGCCCGGGUCGAGUAGACCUUCUGCUUUCCCAAGGGAAAAAAGGAGCCCCCGGGAUGGGGCUUCCUUUUCCGAUUCCUCAGCCUGACAUUAACAGUGCCUCGGAUGGCCCUGUCUCGUGCUAGUUCAAAAUGCUAACCGGGUAUCCCGUUUUCCUCUCCGGGCGAGCCUACGAGUCGUACUCCGUCCCUCGUUUUUCCGGAGUCUUCUCCGCUCGCCUCAAAUCUGACUGUCGUUUGCUGGGGAGAACGCUGAAGUAUUUAUUCGUUAUUUAUUUAUCAGUGGCAGUGUUCACUAUAAAUGGUGUUUUGGUUUUUUUUUCUACUGAAUAUAAUUAUCGGAAGCAGUGACUUCCAUAAUUAUGACAGUUAUACUGUCGUUUUUAAGAAAGCAGCAUCUGCUAUUACGAUCCACCGUGGCGCUGGAAGCUCGCCUUCGACGGCGGCCGCGAUUGGGAACCUGAAACCCGACGGAAGGCUGCUUUUUCUUUUUAAAAAGCCGCCAGAGAAGCAAGUGAAGGAGGCAACCGAGGGAAAGCUGGCUUUGUCCAGCUAUCAUCUGUCAAACGAUAUGGAAAAGAGGAAUAAGAACUGAUGAUACUUUCCGCCAAACGAAGGGGUCAAUUCUCUUGCUUCUCCGCUGGGCUCGGCCGUCGCGGGCUCGCGACGUUAACCUUGGGCUUGAAUCAAAUAAAAAAUGGCAGCUUCUACGUAAAAAUACUUCCAGUGCCACGGUGUACCAUCAGAACCUAGAUCGCAUUAUCGGGUGCAGUGCCUCCCAUAAUGCUCAAGAACCAAGGUAGUUUUUGCCUACCACGUUGUUAUAUCGGAGGCAGUGACCUCCAUAUGGCGCACAAAGGGGUGUCUUAAUUAUCGGGGACAGCGUUUCCCAUAAUUUUCCUUAAAUGCUCUCCAAUGACAUCUGUGGAGCAUGAUCGUUAGUAUCUAACAUGUGUAUAUUUGAACUUCUGCGAUUGUCUCUUCUCUGUCUGGAAUUGUUUCACACCGGCUGCCUUCCUUCGGUGGCUUGUAUCCCACCCCCGCCCCCUGGAACGGAGUCCCAAGAUGGCCGGCUGGUUUUUUUGUGCCCGUGAUGGCUGAGGAUACAUUCCAGCAAUCGAAAGAACCAGCGGGGGUUCUCUUGACUCUUUGAGUAAAUGUUUUGCUUUUGUUCUUCUUGCUCUGUGAAAACUGCUGGACUGAAUCUGUAGAGCCGGCGUAGACUUUUGAGUUCCUUGGGUUUAAAUAGGGAUCUGACUGGGAAACGUAGCAGCAAGAGUCUGAGCGGACCAGCGUUAAACUUGGUUCCAUUUCCCAGAAUUAGAGCAGUUCCCCAAUCCUCUCGCCCUGCUUCCGGUGAAAUUCGGUUGCCCUUUCUAAAGACUCCCUUAAACUGAAACAAAGGCGGUGUCUUUUUUUCCCCCACAAAGGCGGCUUCUUUCACAUUGGUUUGGAGGCACUGCUGUUGAACGAGGUGCCGUCCAGACCCCGAGUACCACCGUGUGCCGCACUGGAGAAAUCGUGACGUGCGGGGCAGUUGGAUUCUUUGUUCAACAUGUCUAAAAUUAGUCCGACCCAUUCAAACUCUACCCUCUUAAUAGCCAGAAUUCAGUUUAGGUAAAGCCCAUGUACAUUUCAAAGCUUGUGUGUUUGUGUGAGUGAAAAGAUCUAGCUUAGUACUAAUUUCCUGUGCAUGAUCUCUCUGUUUCAUUAAGCGAAUCACCUCUCUGGCAUGGAUCUUCGUGUGUGUUCUUCUGUUGUGUUGCAUUGCAUGUGAUUGGUACGGGUAAUAGUGCGCUAGACAUAGCAGCAGCAGUAUGUGGACAGAAUACGAUGUACAUGAGCCUUAUGAAUAUUGUGUUCAUGGGUUUUGUGCCUCUGUGCUUGGACUUGAUCUGGAAUUGGGGACUGACCCUCUUGGAGGGACGGCUGGUUUGAGAAUCUGGAAGACGUGAUUGUCCGUAAUAAAAGAACAAGAAAUAAAA